AUGAUCUCCUCCACAGUGUUGUUCUAUGGGAACUACAUGCUAUGCCUGUGUCUGGGACUGCUGUGUGUGGUGUUUGUCAGUUACUGGAAUGCCGAGUGGCGUGGUGGCUUCGCCUGGGAUGCGUCCUUUCUGCAGUUCAACUGGCACCCUGUGCUCAUGGUGACUGGCCUGGUAGUCCUGUAUGGGAAUGGUGAGUCACAAUAAUGAUUAUGAUAAUGACCAUAAUACAUCUCAUUCAAUCACAGUAUUUCAUAUUUUCAUUUGAUGGAAAAUCUCAGAGUGCUUCAUACUGUGUGGACAAAAUCAAGAAAUUAUGGGAAUUAUAGCAGGGCAGAUUGUGCAUUAGAAAACAAACCUAAGUUUGAAAAAAAUCUCCUUUGAGGGUUUUCUCUCUAAAAAUGUGUUUGAAUUUGUUUUCUUUCAAUUACUUAGGUGUGUACUUGAUUCCACUGUUUAUAUUGCGUCAGACAAGCUAAAUCAAAUGCAUCUAACAUAUUUUAAAGAAAAUAAAUAGAGCUGGCCUUCUAUUUUGAUCCAGGUCAGGUAUCAUCACCACAAGGUCUAUCACAAAGCCAAGAUAAUAAAGGCUUUUUAAACUACAACAAAAAACGAAAUACUUCCAACAGGAGCGCUUUGACCAAUUUGGCAAUCUGGUCUCAGAGCAUUUCGUAUUAUUCUGUACGUAAUUCCAGGACACUCCAUUUAGUAUGGUGUGCUAUGUUUCGUAUAGUAUGUAUUAAUUUGUGGAUGUCCUUCACCCAUUUCAUUAGUAUUCGUAUUAUAUGUUACGUAUUUGCAAAACUUGAUAUGAUAUGUUACGAAUUCUAGCUAGGUGGCUAACGUUAGCUAGCUAGGCUAAGGGUUAGGGUUAAGGUUAGGGUUAAGUUUAGGAGUUAGGUUAAAGGGGAAGGGUUAAGGUUAAGGUUAGGGGAAGGGUUAGCUAAAAGAGUUAAAGUUAUUGUUAGGGAAAGGGUUAGCUAACAUGCUAAGUAGUUGCAAAGUAGCUAAAAAGUAGUAAGUAGUUGAAAAGUUGAUAAUUAGCUAAAAUGCUACAGUUGUCCGUGAUGAGAUUCAAACUCACAACCUUUGGAUUGAUGUUCGUGUUAUACGCCCACUCAUCCAUCCUACUUUUGUUUUUGCCUUAAGUAACCAUCUGUCUUAUCUAACCAUACCAAACAUAACAUAUCAUACUAAUUUGAGUGUCCUAUGUUAUGUCUAGUCUAUGAGACCAGGCUGAACCUGGAGUGGUAAGUCUUGAACUUACAAUGUAUAUAGCACACGGACAGUACUAAAAGUAUAAUAACAAAAUAAAGUACAUAUCCACAUCUUACUGCUCUCAUCUCUGCUACUGAGAUAAUGUGAUACUUCUUAGAAAACCUUUUGACUAUGUUGCUAUUUUUCCAGUUCCUGACUCAUCAUUAGUGUGAAUAACAUGCCAUUUAGCAGACGCUUUUAUCCAAAGCGACUUACAGUCAUGUGCGCAUACAUUUUUACAUAUGGGUGGUCCCGGGGAUCGAACCCACUACCCUGGCGUUACAAGCACCAUGCUCUACCAAUUGAGCUACAGAGGACCUUUCAAAGAUGGACACUUAUAAAUUUGCCGUCGUUGUAUCUCGGCUGAUCUAAAAGCACCCAAAAGGCUUUGUAAAGCACAUCUACAUUUCAGACUGGAAAUGCACUAUUGCAUGAAUCAAAGUCAUAAAACAGCUACACCAGGUUACUGAUAUUAGUGUUCUGUACACUAAAGCUGUAUCCUUCCAUGUGUAGUAGAUCUACAAACAACACAUAUAGAUGAUCUGAAAAUAGAGGGGAUGCUUUUUUGCGGUUAUCCCUUUUACAGUGCCUUCAGAAAAUAUUCAUACCCCUUGACUUAUUCCACAUUUUGUUGUGCUACAGCCUGAAUUCAAAAUGGAUUAAAUAUAUUUGUUUCUCACCCAUCUACACACACAAUACCCCAUACUGACAAAGUGAAAAAAUGUUUUUAGACAUUUUUGCAAAUUUAUUGAAAACUCAAUACCUAAAUAUCUCAUUAACAUAAGUGUUCACACCCCUAAGCCAAUACUUUGUAGAAGCACCUUUGGCAGUGAUUACAGCUGUGAGUCAUUCUGGGUACGUCUGUAAUAGCUUUCCACACCUGGAUUGUGCAAUAUUUUCCCAUAUUCUUUAAAAGAUUAUUCAAGCUCCGUCAAAUUGGUUGUUGAUUAUUACUACACAACCAUUUUCAGGUCUUGACAUAGACUUUCAAGUAGAUUUCAAUCAAAACUGUAACUAGGCAACUCAGGAACAUUCACUGUAAGCAAUUCAAGUGUAGAUUUGGCCUUGUGUUUUAGGUAAUUGUCCUGCUGAAAGGUGAAUUCAUCUCCCAGUGUCUGAACCAGGUUUUCCUCUACGAUUUUGCCUGUGCUUAGCUCCAUUCCGUUUCAUUUUUUAUCCUGAAAAACUCCCCAGUCCUUAACAAGCAUACCCAUAACAUGAUGCAGUCACCACUAUGCUUGAAAAUAUGGAGAGUGGUACUCAUUAAUGUUAGUAUUGGAUUUGUAACACUUUGUAUUCAGGACAAAAAGUUAAUUGCUUUGCCACAUUUUUUGCAGUAUUACUUUCGUGCCUUGUUGCAAACAGGAUGCAUGUUUUGGAAUAUGUUUAUUCUGUACAGGCUUCCUUCUUUUCACUCUGUCAAUUAGGUUAGUAUUGUGGAGUAACUACAAUGUUGUUGAUCCCUCCUCAGUUUUCUCCCAUCACAGCCAUUAAACUGUAACUUUUUUAAAGACACCAUUGGCCUCAUAUUGAAAUCCCUGAGUGGUUUCCUUCCUCUCCGGCAACUGAGUAAGGAAGGACGCCUGUAUCUGUGUAUUGACUGGGUUUAUUGAUACACCAUCCAAAUUGUAAUGAAUAACUUCACCAUGCUCAAAGGGAUAUUCAAUGUCUGCUUUCUUUCUUUUUACAAAUCUACCAAUAGGUGCCCUUCUUUGCAAGGCAUUGCAAAACCUCCCUGGUCUUUGUGGUUGAAUCUAUGUUUGAAAUGCACUGCUCAACUGAGGGACCUUCCAGAUAACAUUUUUACUACAGAACUUAGUUAGGCUUGCCAUGUAACUUUUAAAAAAUAAUUUCACCUUUAUUUAACCAGGUAAGCCAGUUGAGAACAAGUUCUCAUUUACAACUGCAAUCUGGCCAAGAUAAAGCAAAGCAGUGCGAUAAAAACAACAACAACACAGAGUUACAUAUGGAAUAAAUAAAACAAAACGUACAGUUAAUAACACAAUAGAACAUCUAUAUAAAAUGUGUGCAAAUGUAGUAAGUUAUGGAGGUAAGGCAAUAAAUAGGCCAUAGUGCAAAAUAAUUACAAUGUAGUAUUAACACUGGAGUGAGAGAUGUGCAGAAGAUGAUAUGCAAAUAGAGACACUGGGGUGCAAAUGAGCAAAAUAAAUAACAAUAUGGGGAUGAGGUAGUUGGGUGGGUUAAUUAGAGAUGGGCUGUGUACAGGUGCAGUGAUAAGUAAGCUGCUCUGACAACUGAUACUUAAAGUUAGUGAGGGAGAUAAGUGUCUUCAGCCUCAGAGAUUUUUGCAGUUUGUUCCAGUCAUUUGCAGCAGAGAACUGGAAGGAAUGGCGGCCAAAGGAGGUGUUGGCUUUAGGGAUGACCAGUGAGAUAUACCUGCUGGAACGCAUACUACGGGUGGGUGUUGCUAUGGUGACCAAUGAUCUAAGAUAAGGCGGGGAUUUGCCUAGAAGUGAUUUAUAGGUGACCUGGAGCCAGUGGGUUUGGCAACAAAUACGUAGUGAGGGCCAGCCAACGAGAGCGUACAGGUCACAAUGGUGGGUAGUAUAUGGGGCUUUGGUGACAAAACGGAUGGCACUGUGAUAGACUAGAGUGUUGGAAGCUAUUUUUUAAAUGACAUUGCCGAAGUCAAGGAUCGGUAGGAUAGUCCGUUUUACGAGGGCAUGUUUAGCAGCUUGAGUGAAGGAGGCUUUGUUGCGAAAUAGGAAGCCGAUUCUAGAUUUAACUUUGGAUUGGAGAUGCUUAAUGUGAGUUUGGAAGGAGAGUUUACGGUCUAACCAGACACCUAGGUAUUUGUAGUUGUCCACAUAUUCUAAGUCAGACCCGCCGAGAGUAGUGAUUCUAGUUGGGCGGGUGCAAGCAGCGUUCGAUUGAAGAGCAUGCAUUUAGUUUUACUAGCAUUUAAGAGCAGUUGGAGGCCACGGAAGGAGUGUUGUAUGGCAUUGAAGCUCGUUUGGAGGUUUGUUAACACAGUGUCCAAUGAAGGGCCAGAUGUAUACAAAAUGGUGUCGUCUGCGUAGAGGUGGAUCUGAGAGUCACCAGCAGCAAGCGCGACAUCAUUGAUAUACACAGAGAAUAGAGUCGGCCAGAGAAUUGAACCCUGUGGCACCCCCAUAGAGACUGCCAGAGGUCCAGAUAACAGGCCCUCCGAUUUGACACUCUAUCUGAGAAGUAGUCGGUGAACCAGGCGAGGCAGUCAUUUGAGAAACCAAGGCUAUUUAGUCUGCCAAUAAGAAUGCGGUGAUUGACAGAGUCAAAAGCCUUGGCCAGGUCGAUGAAGACGGCUGCACAGUACUGUCUUUUAUCAAUCGCGGUUAUUAUAUCGUUUAGGACCUUGAGCGUGGCUGAGAUGCACCCAUGAUCAGCUCGGAAACCAGAUUGCAUAGCGGAGAAGGUACGGUGGGAUUCGAAAUGGUCGGUGAUCUGUUUGUUAACUUGGCUUUCAAAUACUUUCGAAAGGCAGGGCAGGAUGGAUAUAGGUCUGUAACAGUUUGGAUCUAGAGUGUCACCCCCUUUGAAGAGUAGGAUGACCUCGGCAGCUUUCCAAUCUCUGGGGAUCUCAGAUGAUACGAAAGAGAGGUUGAACAGGCUAGUAAUAGGGGUUGCGACAAUUUCGAAGAAAGGGGUUGAAUUUUAGAAAGGGGUUGAAUACUUAUUGACUCACGACAUUUCAGAUUUUCAUUUUUAAUGAAUUUCCAAACAUUUCUAGAAACAUAAUUCCACUUUUACAUUAUGGGUUAUUGUGUGUAGACCAGUGACACAAAAUCAAAAUGUAAUCCAUUUUAAAUUGAGGCUGUAACACAAUUUUUUGGGGGAAAAAGUCAAGGUGUGUGAAUACUUUCUGAAGGCACCAUUUGUGCCAUGGUACCAAUGAUGACCAACCUGCAUUUCUUCCAAUCUUCAGUCUCCCUACAUCCCCAUGUCACUUAGUAUACAUUAAACUAUUAAUACACUAUAAUCUUCCCAAGUCCCCCCACUCCCAAUCAGACUUGCUGUAUUUACUUUAUUAGUGACCUUCAACUGACCUUGCUCUGAACAUAUGUGUAGUAGCUUUCCUCAAUAAUGUGACUGUGUACCAAUACAUUAUUGUAAGUAUCCAUAUAGGUCUUGGAGUGGUUAUAAAUACUAAGUGGUUAUAAACUGUAUGGAAUAACAUGUGGGAGGGGUCAUGUUACAUGUGGUAGGACAGGCUAGUGCACCCAGAAGAGACAAACACAGAGCGAAGCUAAUACAUCCCACCAUCUGGGAAAGGCUGAUCUAAAAGUCUUCCCUCUUUCUGUGUGUGUGUGUGUGUGUGUUGUCUGAAGCGGCUAUCCUAUACCGCGUCCCCUUUACCUGGGGUCAGAGGAAGCAGCGCUGGAAGCUGGUGCACGCUGCUCUGCUGCUGUCCUCCCUGUUCCUGUCCAUCCUUGGGCUGUGUGCUGUGUUUGACUUCCACACAGGCUACCACAUCCCCAACCUGUACUCCCUCCACAGCUGGGUGGGCAUCUGCACCAUAGUCCUGUUCACUGCCCAGGUAGGAGGGGGAGACGUUGGGCAGGGACCAGGGUAUUUUCCCUGACCAUGUGAACUGACCAGGGAAUACUCUGGGCUCUUAGUAACUCAGCGUUUUUCAUGUUCAGGUCACAUGACCCUAAUAAAAAGAACAUUCAUGUACCUGUGCUCAAGGUUCAAAUUGAACAUUUGGCAGCUUUUCUACCUCAAGCUCAUUUGAUGCAACCGAUCUUGCCCAACCCUAUUCCUUCCCUUCUCAUUGGUCAGUGGGUCCUUGGCCUGGUUGGUUUCCUGUCUACCUGCUCUCCCCUCGGGUUCCGUGAGCUCCUGAAACCAGUUCACGCCUGGAUGGGAGUGGCCAUCUUUAUCCUCAGCCUGGCCUCCUGUCUCUCUGGCAUCAACGAGAAGCUGCUCCUUACUCUGUGAGUGACCAGAAACGCUGAUCCUCCACCAAUAACAACUAACUACAUUGGUCCAACAAUCUCCACAGUAAUAUUCUGUAUAAAGGCCUAUGCAACAUUGAAAAGCUUUAGGCUACAUGAAAUAUUCACAAUUAAGGAUACAUUAAAUAACUUUACAUUUUACAGAACAAAAUUAGGUUAGACAACGUAUAAGAGCAUAAAAGCAAUUUCAUUGGAGUAUUUCCUUAGCCUGGGUGCCCUAUUUCAGCUUCACACAUUAUAUUGGUCCCUAGGCAAAGACAGGCAAAGAGUCAACACAGGACUAAGACUGAAUCGUACUACACCGGCUCUGACGCUCGUCGGAUGUGGCAGGGCUUGAAAACUAUAACAGACUACAAAGGGAAGCACAGCCGCGAGCUGCCCAGUGACACAAGACUUCCAGACGAGCUAAACCACUUCUAUGCUCGCUUCGAGGCAAGUAACACUGAAGCAUGCAUGAGAGCACUAGCUGUUACGGAUGACUAUGUGAUCACGCUCUCCGUAGCCGAUGUGAGUAAGACUUUUAAGCAGGUCAACAUUCACAAGGCCGCAGGGCCAGACGGAUUACCAGGACGUGUACUCCGAGCAUAUGCUGACCAACUGGCAAGUGUCUUCACUGACAUUUUCAACAUGUCCCUGACUGAGUCUGUAAUACCAACAUGUUUCAAGCAGACCAUCAUAGUCCCCGUGCCCAAGGACUCUAAGAUAACCUGCCUAAAUGACUACCGACCCGUAGCACUGACGUCUGUAGCCAUGAAGUGCUUUGAAAGGCUGGUCAUGGCUCACAUCAACACCAUUAUCCCAGAAACCCUAGACCCACUCCAAUUUGCAUACCGCCCCAACAGAUCCACAGAUGAUACAAUCUCUAUUGCACUCCACACUGCCCUUUCCCACCUGGACAAGAGGAACACCUACGUGAGAAUGCUAUUCAUUGACUACAGCUCAGCAUUCAACACCAUAGUGCCCUCAAAGCUCAUCACUAAGCUAAGGAUCCUGGGACUAAACACCUCCCUCUGCAACUGGAUCCUGGACUUCCUGACGGGCCGCCCCCAGGUGGUAAGGGUAGGUAACAACACAUCUGCCACACUGAUCCUCAACACGGGGGCCCCUCAGGGGUGCGUGCUCAGUCCCCUCCUGUACUCCCUGUUCACCCAUGACUGCAUGGCCAGGCACGACUCCAACACCAUCAUUACGUUUGCUGACGACACAACAGUGGUAGGCCUGAUCACCAACAACGAUGAGACAGCCUAUAGGGAGGAGGUCAGAGACCUGGCCGUGUGGUGCCAGGAUAACAACCUCUCCCUCAACGUGACCAAGACAAAGGAGAUGAUUGUGGACUACAGGAAAAAAAAGAGGACUGAGCACGCCCCCAUUCUCAUCGACGGGGCUGGAACAGGUUGAGAGGUCCAAACACACCAAGACAGUUGUGAAGAGGGCACGACAAAGCCUAUUCCCCCUCAGGAGACUGAAAAGAUUUGGCAUUGGUCCUCAGAUCCUCAAAAAAUCUACAGCUGCACCAUCGAGAGCAUCCUGACUGGUUGCAUCACCGCCUGGUAUGGCAACUGCUUGGCCUCCGACCGCAAGGCACUACAGAGGGUAGUGCGUACGGCCCAGUACAUCACUGGGGCCAAGCUUCCUGCCAUCCAGGACCUCUAUACCAGGCGGUGUCAGAGGAAGUCCCUCAAAAUUGUCAAAGACUCCAGCCACCCUAGUCAUAGACUGUUCUCUCUGCUACCGCACGGCAAUCGGUAACGGAGUGCCAAGUCUAGGUCCAAAAGACUUCUCAACAGCUUCUACCCCCAAGCCAUAAGACUCCUGAAUAGCUAAUCAUGGCUACCCGGACUAUUUGCACUGCCCCCCCACCCCAUCUUUUUACGCUGCUGCUACUCUGUUAAUUAUUUAUGCAUAGUCACUUUAACUCUACCCACAUGUACAUAUUACUUAAACUACCUCAACUAGCCGGUGCCCCCGCACAUUGACUCUGCACCGGUACCCCCCUGUAUAUAUAGCCUCCCUACUGUUAUUUUAUUUUACUUCUGCUCUUUUUUUCUCAACACUUUUUUGUUGUUUUAUUCUACUUUUUUUUAUAAAAAAUAAAUGCACUGUUGGUUAAGGGCUGUAAAUAAGCAUUUCACUGUAAUGUCUGCACCUGUUGUAUUCGGCGCAUGUGGCCAAUAAAAUGUGAUUUGAUUUGAUUUGAUUUAGCCAAAACUCUUGACGUUGACAAAAGAGUUGGCCACAGAAACAGACUGGUUCCCAGGCUAACCUUUCCCUUUAACUACAGUGACUCCAUGAAAGGAGAUGUCAUUAAUUUGAGUGUUUAUCUCUCUAUUCAGCAACGGCAACAGCAACAGCACCGCAGCCUAUUCCUCACAUCCUGCAGAGGCCUUGUUUGCUAACUUCCUGGGUGUCCUGAUCGUGGCCUUUGGAUUGGUGGUCCUUGGAAUCCUAUCCAAUCAGAGGUGGAAAAGGCCAGAGCCAGGGCAGGAAAGCUCUAGAGUGAGUAUGGUGCUGUCAGCAGUAAAGUCCUAGCCUGAAUGACAGCCUGUUUCUGGAUUAGCCAGGUUAUCGGGUGUAUUCCAGAUACAUAUUUUCUCUAAAGGUCUGUGCAGAUUAUCAGACCUUUACAAUACCUGGACAAGUAUUUAUUAUCUAUAGGAACCACACCAACAUAAUGUAAUGAUUGAUUCUAUAAUCUGCACAGACCUGCACAGAAAAUGUGUAUCUGGAAUGCACCUAUUGUGACAAUAACAAAGGAUUUGGCUAAAGCAGAAAUAGACUGGCACCAUACAGUGCAUGUGCAGUUCAUGGCAAAAUUCAGUCUGCAUUUUUCAAAGGACACAAACAGACCUAGCUGGCUGAGCGUGGAUCUAAUGGAAAAGAAAACGGUCCCUAAGGACCCUUGGCUUUUGUAAUUGAGACUGAGCUAAGUGGACCCUUGGCUUUGUCUUUGAGACUGAGCUAAAUGCUUUCCAAUGUUGUCCCCCCUGUCCAUUUAAUCUUAUUCAUUAUGUUCUAAAAGGCCAAACUGAUCCUAGAUCAUCACUCCUACUCUGAGAUGCUUUAUAAAUACGGGCCCUGAUGCUUUUUUAUUGUCUGUAGCCUACUGUGCUUGGGAUUAUAGUUGUCAUUUUUAUGCUUUUUCUCCAGUCAUUGCUUCCGGGGGACAACUGAAGGAGUAGAAGACCUUGGUGUCCUAUUCUUCUCCCUGCCCUUUUCUAUUUUUGGAUAAUGGAUCAAUUGGAGACAAAGAACACUCUGAUGUUCCCUCCUGUGUCUCAGAAUACCAGCUGUGGUAGUGGUUACAUGUGACAUGAUGACAUGAUGACUGACGUGUGAUGUUUUUACACUGUAACUGUGUAGGCGGCCUAUACUGUCUAUAGCAUAUGGGUGACUAUGUGCAUUAUAGCAUUAUGUGUGGUAUAGGCCCUAUACUAUACUAUUAAUAGGCUGUACUACUGCAUAGUCCAUUUUUAAAAGCUAAUUUGAUCAUGCCUGAUCCUGCUCUCUCUGUUAAAACUGUAUCAUAAUAAUGUACUAGAUACACUAUUACUCUCUUUGCAAUGAAAAUUGGUUGGGUUUUGUGAAAAGUUGAAUAAAGUUGGCAUGUCCUC